CCCCCCAAACGCGACCCCCAAACGCCGCGAGCCGCUCCGCGUUUACCAAAUCCCCCAACGCCGCCGCCCCAACCCGGACCCCCAAAUCCCCCUUAUUGUUGGAGCCGGCGAAGAGGAGGAGAACCCCCCCAGACCGGCACCCCCCCCCAACCCCGCCACCCCCCCGAGACCCCCCAGGAACGACGUGGAGGGGCUGAGGGCCCACGUGGAGCGGCUGGUGGGGGUCCUAAGGGAGGUGGAGCUGCAGAGCAGCGCCAAGGAGGAGCAGAUCCAAGCUCUGCGGGACCGAGUGGGGAGGAUGGAGCGUGUGAUCCCACUGUGCUGCGGGGACGAAGGCCCGGAGGCGCUGGGUGGGGGCGGCGCUAAGGAUGAAGAUGAGGAGGAGGAGGAGGAGGAAGGGGCGGCAGCGCGGCUGUGCCGGCUGAUGGAAGAGGAUCCCGCGUUCCGCCGGGGGCGGCUGCGAUGGCUGCGACAGGAACAGGCCCGAUUGAUGGGCUUGAUGGGGGGGGCGGGGGGGGGAAACGGCCCCCAACCCCCCCCGCGCCGCCCGACCCGUUUCGUACCGCCCCAGGACUGCAAACUGCGCUUCCCCUUUAAGAGCAACCCGCAGCACCGCCUGGCUUGGGCCGGUGGGGGCGGCGACGAAGAGGUUCAGCGACCCCCCCAGGCUCAGCAUCACCGCCCCCCCCAACACGGAUCCCCCCCGUUCCCCGCCGCCCCCUCCCCCAGGAGGAGAUCCCCGGCUCGCCGCCGUCGGAGGUCUUUGGAUGGGGGUCGGGGAGGGGGUGGGGGGGGGGCCCGACCCGUGUUUCUGUGCGGGGGGGAACACGGCGGGGAUUCCGGUUACAUCGCCAGCGAGGGAUUCCCGCGCCAUUACCCGCCGCACAGCAACUGCACGUGGAGCAUCACG